AUGAGUUCAGUAGGUGGUGCAAGUAUUGGCGUAGGUCUUUACGCCGUGGUAAGCAACCCAGCACAGAUUGCUGCGAAACCCGAGGAAGCCGAUGAAAAGAGACAUCACCUGAAGAACGGCAAAGGAUUUACGAACCCGUGGGAUAGCUAUGUAGAGUCAAGUCCCUGGGAACUGCUCAUCAAGGGUAUGCUCUGGCGCAAGAUUACCGGUCAAGCAAACAGUCCAGACACCUCGCCACCGACAGUACCAGUCCAUAAGCCAAUAUUCCUUCCCUCCCGAGAGACGUCACGACUUCGUGCAACGUGGCUCGGCCACGCAUGCUACUAUAUAGAGUUCCCGAGCGGCUUUCGUGUUCUCUUUGACCCCGUCUUUGAAGAUUGCUGUGCACCGUUCACUAUAAAGAGCCUUAAACGCUACACGCCCCCUCCAUGUGAGAUCGAAGACUUGCCAAUUGUCGACGCAGUAGUUAUAAGCCACAACCACUACGAUCACUUAAGCUACCCAACGAUUCAGCGCUUGAAAAAGAAAUUCCCCGAGGCGCAUUUCUUUGCGCCCCUGGGCAAUAAAGAGUGGUUCGAGAAGAGCGGGGUCACGAAAGUCACAGAAUUAGAUUGGUGGGAGAGUAGAGAUGUCAAGUUGGAGGAAUUGUCGCAAAAGGGGGGUAGGGCUGGCUCUGUCUCAGUGAGUUCGGUGGACAUGGACAAGACUAGUGGUAUUACAGCGACAAUUGGUGCGCUGCCUUGUCAGCACAUUAGUGCAAGGACGCCCUUCGACAAGGCCAAGACCCUCUGGGCAAGCUGGAGUGUGGAAUCUGGCGGAGCGAAGGUCUACUUUGCUGGUGACACAGGCUACCGCACGGUUCCGUCUAGCAUUCCAACCACAGAAGACGACUACUCGGCUGCGUACUCGCACUUACCCACCUGCCCGGCUUUCUCCCAGAUCGGUCAACAUCGCGGCCCCUUCGAUCUCGGUCUUAUUCCUAUUGGCGCUUACGAACCUCGUUGGAUGUUCAGCAACGUGCAUGCUAGCCCCAAAGACGCGGUCAACAUCUUCGCGGACACGAAAUGCAAGAGAGCGCUAGGCAUGCAUUGGGGUACUUGGGUGUUGACUGAGGAAGAGGUCAUGGCACCGCCAAAGGAGCUGCAAGAGGCUUGUGAGUGGAAGGGGAUCAAGGGGGGCAAAGAAGGCUUUGGGGUUUGUGAUAUUGGGGAGAGUACUGAGUUCGAGUCCGGACAAGCUACAAGGAAGUAA